AUGCAAAUUGAAGACGCUAUUGACUGGCACAACGUGGUGAUUCGUUACUUAACAAUGAAAGGGCAGACCGAUGCUGGUAUGUUUGAAAAGGAUUCCUCUCAGACUGAGGAUGCAAUCAAUGCAGAACAUUUUAUGGUUUUUGUUUUGUCGCCAAAAAGAUCAGCCAUGCCAAAUUCAACAGUUGAACCAAAUCUUACAGACAUGUCUACAAUCAGCCUUGCCAAUGAGACUCACGACCACAAGGAGCCCUACUUACAUAAACUGGCGCACCUUGAUGAAGCACUCUACAAUGAUUACUACAAUCUCUGGCUUGCCUUAAUGAUAAUUAAUGUUUUCAUAUUUGUAGUUGGCAUUGUCCUCAACAGCGUUGCAUUGUAUGUGUUCUGUUUUCGUACCAAGACCAAAACAACAUCUGUCAUCUAUACCAUAAACCUAGUAAUCACGGAUUUGAUGGUGGGUUUGUCCUUGCCAACGAGGAUAAUAAUGUAUUACAGUGGUGGUGAAUGCCUGACAUGCUCUUUUGUGCAUGUUUUCAGCUAUUUUGUGAACAUGUACUGCAGCAUUCUAUUCUUAACUUGCAUCUGUGUGGACAGGUACUUGGCCAUAGUCCAAGUGGAAGCUUCACGCAAAUGGAGAAACCCUCAUUACGCCAAAGGGAUUUGCGUUUUCAUCUGGCUAUUUGCCAUUAUUGUCACUUACUCGAUUCUCACCACAGCAAUCCAAUACGCCUCUUGUUGCCUGUCUAAGCUCUUUGCUCUUACAGUGUUUGAAUACUUUUUGCCUUUAGUGAUCAUCACGGUGUUCACCAUUAGGAUCAUGUGUGCCCUGGCCAAACCAAACCUUAUGCAGCAGAGCAGGGAAAGGCGUAUGAGAGCUGUCCAGCUUCUGGUCACUGUACUGGUUAUCUUCAUGAUCUGCUUCACACCCUUUCAUGUCCGCCAAGUAGUGGUCUAUGCAAACCCUAAACUGCCUCUUCACAUCAGCUUAAUAGUGUACCACGUCACAGUGACCUUGAGCAGCCUCAACAGCUGCUUGGAUCCUAUUGUCUACUGCUUUGUUACUAAUAACUUCCAGUCCACCGUGAGGAACAUCUUUGUCAAAGUUGAGCCUGAACAGAACAGCGGCGAGGUAAUCAGUGUACAGAAGAGCUCCAAGGUAUCCACUGGAAAGUCGGUAGUUUCAAGCAUGAUGAUGAACGGCCCUGCACGAGACAGUGAACAGUGA